CAAUAUAAUUAUCAAACUAACUAUUAUAAUAUUCAUUUUUGAAAUAAUUGUUAUUUUUAGAGUUGAAUGCGAAUUUGCAGAGAAAUUAAAGUUAACCGAAAUAAAAAUCGAAAAAAAGGAUUUGAACGACGGUAAUGUGUUUGAAGGAACUGUUAAAAACAAAUGCCACUCUUCGGAACUAAUUGCUCAAAUUAAUUCGGACAAGACAUCAAACGUGCAUUAUUUUGCGGAGCCCCAAAGAGUUGAAUGCGAAUUUGCAGAGAAAUUAAAGUUAACCGAAAUAAAAAUCGAAAAAAAGGAUUUGAACGACGGUAAUGUGUUUGAAGGAACUGUUAAAAACAAAUGCCACUCUUCGGAACUAAUUGCUCAAAUUAAUUCGGACAAGACAUCAAACGUGCAUUAUUUUGCGGAGCCCCAAAGAGUUGAAUGCGAAUUUGCAGAGAAAAUAAAGUUAACUCAAACCAUGAUAAAAAUCAAAAAAAAGGAUUUGAACGACGGUAAUGUGUUUGAAGGAACUGUUAAAAACGAAUGCCACUCUUCGGAACUAAUUGCUCAAAUUAAUUCGGACAAGACAUCAAACGUGCAUAAUUUUGCGGAGCCCCAAAGAGUUGAAUGCGAAUUUGCAGAGAAAAUAAAGUUAACUCAAGCCAUGAUAAAAAUCGAAAAAAAGGAUUUGAACGACGGUAAUGUUUUUGAAGGAACUGUUAAAAACGAAUACUGCUCUUCGGAACUAAUUGCUCAAAUUAAUUCGGACAAGACAUCAAGCGUGCAUAAUUUUGCGGAGCCCCAAAGAGUUGAAUGCGAAUUUGCAGAGAAAUUAAAAUUAACUCAAACCGAAAUAAAAAUCGAAAAAAAGGAUUUGAACGACGGUAAUGUGUUUGAAGGAACUGUUAAAAACAAAUGCCACUCUUCGGAACUAAUUGCUCAAAUUAAUUCGGACAAGACAUCAAACGUGCAUAAUUUUGCGGAGCCCCAAAGAGUUGAAUGCGAAUUUGCAGAGAAAAUAAAGUUAACUCAAACCAUGAUAAAAAUCGAAAAAAAGGAUUUGAACGACGGUAAUGUGUUUGAAGGAACUGUUAAAAAUGAAUGCCACUCUUCGGAACUAAUUGCUCAAAUUAAUUCGGACAAGACAUCAAACGUGCAUAAUUUUGCGGAGCCCCAAAGAGUUGAAUGCGAAUUUGCAGAGAAAUUAAAAUUAACUCAAACCGAAAUAAAAAUCGAAGAAAAGGAUUUGAACGACGGUAAUGUGUUUGAAGGAACUGUUAAAAACAAAUGCCACUCUUCGGAACUAAUAGCUCAAAUUAAUUCGGACAAGACAUCAAACGUGCAUAAUUUUGCGGAGCCCCAAAGGUCAAGAAAUCAGAAGAUUCAUACCAUUAAAAUAAAAAAGCUGCUUGUUUGUGACAGUUGUAAAAUGUCAUACUAUUCUAAAUCAGAUUUAAUUACACACAUAUUGCGUUGUGCGGAAGCAAAGCCCUGUACAUCUCAUAUCUCUGAUAAAGGGGUUUCUCAAGCAAGUGAUUUAGAAAAGAAUAAAAAGAUUCUUACUGGAUUAAAGUCAUAUAAAUGUGAUAUCUCCGAUAAAAAGUGUUCUCGAGCGUCAAAUUUAACAAUGCACUUAAGGACACAUACUGGAGAUAAACCAUUUAAAUGUGAUAAUUGUGGAAAAAAGUUUUCUGCACAAUCAUUUUUAAUAAUCCAUUCUAGGACACAUACUGGUGAUAAGCCAUUUAAAUGUGAUAUAUGUGAUAAAGGUUUUUCUCUUGCAGGAAAUUUAAAAAGGCAUAAAAGUACUCAUACUGGUGAUAAGCCAUUUAAAUGUGAUAUAUGUGAUAAAAGGUUUUCUCAAUCAUCAAGUUUAAAGACGCAUAUGAGAACACACACUGGAGAUAAACCAUUCAAAUGUGAUAAUUGUGAUAGUAGGUUUUCUGUACAAUCAACUUUAAUAAAGCAUUUGAGGACACAUACUGGAGAUAAACCAUUUAAAUGUGAUAAUUGUGAUAGUAGGUUUUCUUUACAAUCAACUUUAAUAAAGCAUUUGAGGACACAUACUGGAGAUAAACCAUAUAAAUGUGAUAAUUGUGAAAAAAGGUUUUCUGUACAGUCAAAUUUAAUAAGGCAUUCUAGGACACAUACUGGAGAUAAACGAUUUAAAUGUGAUAAUUGUGAAAAAAUGUUUUCUGUACAGUCAAAUUUAAUGAGGCAUUCUAGGACACAUACUGGAGAUAAACGAUUUAAAUGUGAUAAUUGUGAAAAAAGGUUUUAUACACAAUCAAAUUUAAAAACGCAUAAAAGUACUCAUACUGGUGAUAAGCCAUUUAAAUGUGAUAUAUGUGAUAAAAAAUUUUCUCGUGCAGGAAAUUUAAAAAGGCAUAAAAGUACACAUACUAGUGUUAAGUCAUAUAAUUGAGGUAUCUUUGAUAAAUGGUUUUCAAGAGUAUCAAAUUUAAAAACCAUGCAAGGAAACAUACCAUUGAAGUCAUUGAGGCCUUAAACAUGGAAAUUUUUUUGGUAGGUUUUGGUAAUACCUUGAGCUAAUCAUUUUGAUGAAUUUAAAAAUAUAUUUACAAUAAUCUCUAUACUUUUAAACCAUACAUUUAUGCAUAUUAUUUUCCUCUGCUAAUUUAAUAUUAUAUUGAAUUUUCCUUCCACUAGAUGGUUUUUAUAUUUUA